CCUUGACGGAAACGACAGCUGCGGCCGCGGGGCUGGCGCCGCCUCCCUCCACUCACCACGUCUGCCCGCGCCACUCCCGCCCGGCGCCCCAGCCCGGCCGCGGCGCCUCCGCCUCCCCGCUAGGUCAGCCGGCAGCUCCGCCCGGCUGCGGCGCAGGAUGAACAUGAUGGACUUCAACGUCAAGAAGUUCGCGGCCGACGCGGGCACUUUCCUCAGCCGUGCGGUGCAGUUCACAGAAGAAAAGCUUGGCCAGGCAGAGAAGACAGAAUUGGAUGCUCACUUAGAGAACCUUCUUAGCAAAGCUGAAUGUACCAAAAUAUGGACAGAAAAAAUAAUGAAACAAACUGAAGUGUUAUUGCAACCAAAUCCAAAUGCCAGGAUAGAAGAAUUUGUUUAUGAGAAACUGGAUAGAAAAGCUCCAAGUCGUGUAAACAACCCAGAACUUUUGGGACAAUAUAUGAUUGAUGCAGGGACUGAGUUUGGCCCUGGAACAGCUUAUGGUAAUGCUCUUAUUAAGUGUGGAGAAACACAAAAGCGAAUUGGAACUGCAGACAGAGAGCUGAUUCAAACAGCAGCUUUAAAUUUUCUCACUCCUUUAAGAAACUUUAUAGAAGGAGAUUAUAAAACAAUUGCUAAAGAAAGGAAGCUACUACAAAAUAAGAGACUGGAUUUGGAUGCUGCAAAAACCAGACUAAAAAAGGCAAAAGCUGCAGAAACUAGAGCUUCACAACUAAACUCAGCUCACCUUGAAGGAGAUAACAUUAUGGUAAAUUUCUCUUACAUGCUCAACUUCCUGCAUGUAAAAUGGCUAAAGAUUUGGGCAGAGGAAGUGACAAAAUCUGAACAGGAAUUAAGAAUAACUCAAAGUGAAUUCGAUCGUCAGGCAGAGAUUACCAGACUUCUGCUAGAAGGAAUUAGCAGUACACACGCCCAUCACCUCCGCUGUCUGAAUGACUUUGUAGAAGCCCAGAUGACUUACUAUGCACAAUGUUACCAGUACAUGUUAGACCUUCAGAAACAACUGGGAAGUUUUCCAUCCAGUUAUCAUUCUAACAACAAUCAGACUUCCGUGGUACCUGUACCAUCUGCUUCAUCAAAUGUGAUUGGUUCUUCUGCCAUGACUUCAAGUGGCCUAGUAAUGACCUCUCCUUCCAACCUUAUUGACCUUAAGGAGGGCAGUGGCAGCAGAAAGGCCAGGGUUCUAUACGAUUAUGAUGCUGCAAACAGUAGUGAAUUAUCACUUCUUGCAGAUGAGGUGAUCACUGUGUUCAGUGUCGUUGGAAUGGAUUCAGACUGGCUAAUGGGGGAAAGGGGAAAUCAGAAGGGUAGGGUGCCAAUUACCUACUUAGAACUGCUCAAUUAAAUAGGUGGACUAUGGAAAGAUUAUCCAUCAUGACACCCUAUUUAUAUACAACUAACUCUAAAUAAAGCAGGUUUAGUAUCUUCCAUGUUAAUGUCUUAAAGAGACUGGAAAGAAAAUACCAGCCAUCAGAAACGGGCUUUCUGCCAAUAAAAUUGCUUGGUAACUAUUUCAUUACAGAAUUUAUGUUAGAACUUUCAUACCAAGAAUGUUUUCUUACAAAAUUCUCUUUCUACUGAGGUUUCACUAAUAAGCAGCUUCUACUUUUGAGCCCCAACUUAAAACAGAAGAACUGUUUUCUACUGAAUUUUUCAUUAAUGGCAAGCUUUUUCUUUUCUGUAAAAUAAAUUUAUUGUGAAUUGAUAUCAGUGACUCAUUUAUUAGGUAUAGCCAAAGAAUAAAAUUAAAAUUUGUUUUUAACUUUUGGUUUCAGAAGAGACCUAGGAUAUAAACCUCUUUUGUGAAGAAUGUGUUUCUGAAUGUUUCCUUGAACAGAAAUGCAAUUAUACCAUGUUUACCUUGUUUUCCAACAGAAGUUGAAUGAUUUCAAUAACAUAUUUCAAUGGGUUAUUUUGAGGGGGGGGGUUGUUUAUUUUAUUAAACACUACUGAAUGAUUUAAAUUUAAGAACAACUAGUCUUUGAAAAGCACUACCAUACUUCUCUGGUAUUUUUGCAGUAAAGGUUCUAAAACAUCUGAGGCAAGUUCAAUUCACUAAGCAAUGUUUUAAGAUUGUUCAGUUGGCACAGUUUAAGCAUGAUCAGAAUUGGACUCAUUAAGAACAUACUGCAGUACAAUACAGAGAAUUUGUUUUUACUGAACAACAAAUCUUUAUAAAAAUACAAACCAGUGAAACUACAUUCAUCAUAAAGUGUAUACAAACAAUCCACUUUUGGUUACUCUGAGCUUACUAAUAAAAUUUUGAAAACUUAUUAACUUAUAAAAUAUUGAUAAACUUAGUUUAUCUUGAUCAGGAUCUGUAGUUAUGAAACACACACUUACUGAAAUUAUUAGUGACACACUUUGAGUCAGAAAAUUGUUAUUUGGACCAUUGCUGUGAAUCAACAGAUUGUGUCCAUGUUAGAACUUCUGUCAUUCUUAUUCUAUCAUUUAUUAAGCAUUUGUUGAGGUCCAGGUACAAGAUGCAGAAUAAGUAUCACUGUCAUGAUAGGAUAAGGUACUGUGUUUCGGUGCUUUGGGCGUCACCUGAUUGAGAUUUGGUGAGUGGGAGGUAGUUUGAAGAGGAAGUGCUUCAUAGAGGAAAAGAUGUGCCAGGCCAGGAGCCGAAAGAGUAUAAUACAUUCUGACAAUGGAAAGUAAUUCAGGCUAACUUACACAAGAAUUGCAGAGAUGUAGCUCAUUUCAGGGAAUGUUAGUGCAUCAAAAUAUUUUUUUGGUACUUUAAAAAAUGAUAAAUACUUAACACAAAAGGAUGUUUCAAAAUGGUGUUUUAGAGUUCCUAAUAACUUGGUAAACAUGUUGAUAAUUUAACUCAGUCUAAACUUUUAACAGUAGUUGUUACCCUUUUAUUUCGGUGCUAUGAGACAAAUUAUAGUUGAGAUUUUAUAGUUGUACAAGACACUUUGAUUCACACUGUGAAUUGCCAUACUCAAGCCAAAAGCUGCUCAAGCUGGUUAGCUAUAGAACCAAGCGAGCAAGCUUCCCCCGCCCUACCCCACCCCCCCCCCUCCCACCCCCAGGAAGGAAGUUCUACAGACAGCCUAGAGUACUACCUAUUAUGUUUUAUAAAGUCAAGAUUUAGGCUUUAAAGAUCAUUUUUAAAAAAAAAUUCAGGUCAACUUUUAAAACAGCAACUAUAAAUCUGGUUUAUAGGAAGUAGAGUAAUGAAGGGGAGAGUACGACCACUGGAAUGGAAUGGUCCCUGGAUUCAAAUCCAGUCUUCCUUGCAUACUGUGCUCUCUGAACUUCAACAGAGAUAACGCAUGAACUGCUGUUUCCUUAUUAGUAAAAUGGGGAUAAUUAUGCCACCUUAAGGUUAUUAUUAUCUUGUAUGUUAGGCAAUUUUUAGGGAAAGUUUUGACACACAGGAAAUUCUCUACCAGUUUUCACUUUUUAGCCCUUGUAGCUUCCUGAUCUACAAAGACUGUAGGCCUCGUUUAUGACUGAACCAGAGAUACCUCUUUUAUAUAUAUGAUAUGAUAUGAUCUGUUCUACUCUUGUCCUAUCCUCCACCCUCUUUAAAUCAGACUCAGAUCUAGGUUUAACCCAGCCGUGGGCAAACUACGGCCCGCGGGCCGGAUCCGGCCCGUUUGAAAUGAAUAAAACUAAAAAAAAAAAAAGACCGUACCCUUUUAUGUAAUGAUGUUUACUUUGAAUUUAUAUUAGUUCACACAAACACUCCAUCCAUGCUUUUGUUCCGGCCCUCCGGUCCAGUUUAAGAACCCAUUGUGGCCCUCGAGUCAAAAAGUUUGCCCACCCCUGGUUUAACCUCACCACAGUCAGUGCAAAAUUUUAUUAGACCCUUCUGCCUUCCACUAAAUGAGUAUUGACUAUAGUAACCCAGUGAUGUACAUUAGCCUUCAAUAAUAUUAUGGUUCUAAGGCUUCUUGUGCCUUUGUUUACUACAAAUCUACCACAACAUGUGGGCUUAUUCUUCUGUUUAUUGCUUUUUAUUUUAAUGGUUUUUUGUGUGCUUGUUGGGGAUGGGGGUUAGUUUUAUUUUGGUUUUGGCUUGUUUUGUAAAGUCAUAGAUUUAAUUUUUACUCAGGUAAAGGCCCAUAAAGGUUCUUUAGGCAUAGAAGAAAAGCUUGGGAAGCCUAUUAAUUCACGGUGCAAUUCAGAAUUAUUUAAAUAAACUUUGUGCCCCAGAGCUUAGGUAUAGUAACAUGUGAAGGAUACUCAUGAAUAAAAAAUAAACUUGGAGAUAACUGUAGGCUCUUUUACAAAUAAAAAUAAGUGGUUGGGUUGUCUCUACAUUUGUCCUCAAAGUAAUCUAACCUAAAAGUCCAUGGUGUUAAAUCUUUGUUUAUGGUGCUAAUUAAAAGAAUUCAUAUUAUAGAAGAUUAGGGAAAUAGGAGUGUGCCUCACUCUGGGUAACGUGAGAAAUAAACCUGAAUCCAGUGGGUUAGAGUCCAUCCUCCUAGGAUGCUGUUACCUUCCACCAGUACAAGCGAACAGAAUGUGAAUGUAGGAGCUGGUGUUGGGAGGACAUUUUCUGAGAUAAAUGGGGGGAGGGUGAUGGAAUGCUGGACAAGAAGCUAUAGCUUUGUUUAUUUAGGCUCAGCUCUGUUGACAGGAGUCCUCAAAAAUCUCUACUGUACUUCCCAAAUGCCUGAACUUUUGAAAUAUGGUGUCGUAGUGUGUAGCACUUCAAGCCUGGGUGAGGAGCCAUAUAAAUAGAUGGCUUUGCACUUCGACCUACAGCCAGCUUUGUCUCAACCCCUUCUCCACUUCUUGAGACUCAAAAGGGGAGGAAGGGUAUUUAAGAGCACACCAGCCCUUUUCCCCCCGUUGUCCUAAUUAGGAAGCCUACUCAGUAGGGCAGUGGUUCUCAGUGUGAGACCCCAAAAUGGACAAUAGCAGCAUACCUAGGAACUGUCAAAAAUGCUAAUUCAUAUUUCCAAGUACUUCCUACAUUAAGUUGUACUGAUUUUUUUUCUUCAAGGGGCUGUAGAACUAGUCUUAGUUCUUCAUGUAACAUUUUAAGACAAAAAUUGUCUUCUAGCAUUAAUCAAAAUUAUAGUUACUUUUAUAAUUUGUUUAGUAUAUAUUGAUCACUUAAGAAUGCAGGCUUUCUGAGAUGCAGACCAUAAUUCUUUUGAUCACAGUUGUUAGCUUAAGGCUAGCACAUAGUGUGUACUGUCACCUUCAGGCCUAUUAUCUGACAUCACUUGAGAAAUUCCUGCCUUCUGUACCUGUACCAACAACAGUGCUGUCUUCAGUGUAGAGGAAUCUUGUUGGGCUAUAUUAUAAAGUGGACGUGAAUGUAGAGUAUAGAAUGCCAGUACUUGGUUGCUGUGGGAGUUAGUGGGAUAGUCUGAGAAAGGUAAGCCCAACAACCCCCAUUUCCACUCAGUGCAGUGGCAGUUUGACAUCAAAGCACCCCAACAAACCAUUAUAGUGGUAUCAGACUAACAUGCAUCUCUGACUCAGGUUGCUAAGCUCUGCUCUCAUUCCCACUUCAAAGGAAGUUUGUUUAAGAAUUGUUAAUGCUUAAUAAAAGUCAGAUGUGUUGAUAAAAAGGAAAAAAAUGUGAAAAUAUAGCUUAAAAGAUAAAAAUAACCUAUAAUACCACCAUCCAGGGAGAACUGUUACUUAGGUGUAUAGCCUUCCAGACUCUUCCAUGCUUUUGUAGAUAUUUUUAAGUGGGAUCAACUUGUACAUACUGUUUUGUAACUUUUUCACUUGACAACACCAUGACCAUCCUGCUGUGUCAAAUGUAUUGCUGCAUCUUUUUUAAUAGCUGCAUGGUAUUCCAUCAUAUGUGCCACAUUUUACUAAACGACUGUCGAUUUCUAGGUUGUUUCUAAUUUUUCACUAAUAAACUGCUUUAAAGAA